UAGUAUGGACAAGUUGUGGAGCUAAUUCUUCCUCCUUCUUAUCUUUGAGAGGAAAUGAGACGGCAACUGAAGGGCGAUUGGCCGUGUAAUGGAAUCGAAGACCGACCACAUCCAACAUCGUUCACCACCACCACCGCCCAAUAAUUUGGUUGAAAUCCAUCAUUCAUUCAGUGAAUAGUAAUCGGCAACAGCGUAUGCAUCAAAUCAACUUUAUUCUAAUUCAGGUUUAUUAAACAGUUCCACCCUCAAUAACCGACCUGACUGAAACCCAAUAUUUAAUCCGAUACUUGAAUCAAGACUCAAACUUCGAGUGUCGUUGUUACAAUUCACCCAGAUCUGUGCUCCGUCUGACUCUGUGCCCGGUCGCAGAUUUAUGGACAAAUUGCGUGGGAGGCUGCAGUUGUUGCAUUCACUUUUAAUUUUUUGUGCAUAUCCGUCUGAUUGGGUAUCCGAUAUCAGAUGUCGAUAUCACUCCAAGCAGUCAACCCGAUCCACCCUUGUGCAUAUAAAAUCGACUUUGUUUGGACGGCCGAACCCAUUGUAGGAUAUUGAGUCGUAACUCUUGAAUCGAGAGAGCACAUCGAGUUUUAAUUUAAUGGGACCAGCCCAGCCAAGUAAUUUUUAGUUUGGAUUCAAGUAAUCACAUUAAGCAUCAAAAAGUGUGCGUGGGUGUGGAGUUUGUGGGUGAUGUUUGAAUCUGAAAAUCUGACUCGAGACAAAGUACAACGCUCUCAUUUCAUGGAUGAACAAAUGACUCAUUCGUCUUCCUUUGUGACGGGAGCAGCAGUGUUUCUACCAAGUUUUUCUCGCCGUAUACCACCAGCAAUUUCUGCUAUAAGAAAGAAAUCGUGUUGUGGCAAGGGUGCAAAAAAUAUGGAGAGUGUCAAACGCUUAAGCGAAUGGUCGUCGUCGUUUCAUGUCGCAAAAAACGUGGUAAAAGAAGCCUCAGUGUUUCGGGUAGCAAUGUCAUAGACGACUUUCGUGCAGUAGUGGCUCUCCUUCCGCCGAAUCUGAUUUGGAGAUUCUCCAUUUGCUCUCUCGACUCAUUGCUUUGUUUGCAACUUGCUCUUCGUCGUCGUGGUCUUCGUUGAGAUCAAGCCAACUCCGUCAAUCUUGAAUCUGUAGCUUGUUGACAGCCACAGAUCAGUUGUGCGUAUCAGAAGCGGAAUUACGUUCCCUUUGUCGUCGUGAAUCGUUAAAAAUUACUUCUGAGCUGGAACAAAUUGCUCAGUUUGCAGAAAACAAGAAGAAAAAUAUACAAAGCAAUGGCAUCCAGCUGGAGUAAAUCGUAGUGAAUUGCAGCAAACUCUGCAAAAGAAUCAGACACAUUUGUCCACGUCAAAUUUUACUUGGUGUGGUGUGGAAUUGUACAAUUCAAUUUAAACUUACAAGUCAAGAAGGCGUACAUUAACGGGUUAUCUGACUCUGUAACUUUAGCGUGACUUUCAGUUUCCUUUGCGUGCGAGUUGACUUUGGGUCAUACGUGCACAUAGUACGUACGCAUUUAUGUACGUGGCUGGGAGAAAGACUGCGUGAAAUGAAUGAGUGAGACGAGAAUUGCUGCAACAAAAGAAAUCAGCAAUUUUUUCCUGUCAGCUUCCCACCCUGGUUAGCCAUCCUUCUUGCCUGGCAAGAGAAAGCGGUGCCAGAAAAGUUGAGAUUGAAAAAUAUCGAGGAGAAAGUACAAAUUAAUAAUAAAGUUAAUUAAAAUGUCGCCUCGAAUCUCUGCAAUGGAUUCGGAUGAUUCAGAGGAUGAAGGAUUUCAGCAGCCGGACAUGGAACCCAGGCCUGUUGACCCAUUCCGAUUUUCACAGGCCACACUGGAGGACACACAAGAAGACGAGCUCAAUGCGAUCCUGGGAGAACUUUCAGCCCUUCAGAUGAGCCUGGACAGAGAGAUUAAACAACCGAAUUUACUGGAAGUUCCUACAGCCGAGAGCAAAAAUAGUGGUGCUGGUGGCUCUGCUGGCCAAGCACAUGAAAGUGGAGUGAGGACAGACAGUCCGGAUAAUGACUCUGGAUUCUCUGACAAUGCGUCCCUCUUGUCCAGCGGAAGUUCUCUGUCGGCCGCAGGCUCCAGCAGUGGGAGCAGCACCACCAGUUGUGCCCUAAACAAAUCUAAUCCACCUCCAACCAAUGUCCUACACGCUUCAGAGUUAGCGGAUCUAGUGACUGCUCGAUUGCGAUUAGUGGCCGAGGAAAGUAUUAUUCCUGAUGAGAAAGCAGAGAAAAUCCGCGUGGCACUGGCAAAGAUGCGAGCGGCGUCGGUGACUCGACUCUACGUGAAAGCUUUCUCCUUGGACGGGAGCAGUAAAGCCCUGAUGGUGGAUGAAUCCAUGACAUGUGGUCGAGUGCUGGCCCUUCUGUCCGAUAAGAAUCACGUCACAUUAUCGUCCAAGUGGGCCCUGGUAGAACACCUCCCUCAUCUUCACAUGGACCGCAUAUUUGAGGACCAUGAGAACAUGGUUGAAAAUCUACUCAUGUGGCCGAGAGACUCGAAGAACAAAAUUUACUUUAUGGAGAAGGACGACAAAUACGACAUGUUCCUCAAUCCCCAGCGAUACUUUCUGGGGGAGAAAAUUCCACAGCCGGGUGACUGCUUGGAUGAGCACACCAAGAAUUCACUGGUGGAGGAAUUUUUCAAUCACGGUGGGGUCGGCGUUCCUGAAGUGGAGAGCGUGCUGUAUCUCAAGGCGGAAGGGAAGAAAGCUUGGAAGAAGUUUCUGUUUACGUUAAGGGCAUCGGGGAUUUAUUACAAGAAAUCCUCAAAGGAUCUCGUCUGCCUCACCCCCAUCGACCACAACCAGCAGGCUUACCAAGGAGUCGGCUGGAGAAAAAAGUUUAAAGCUCCAACGGAAUUCGGAUUUGUCAUAAAACCCGAAAGACUUCAAGUAAAGUCACAUCGUCACAUGAAGUAUUUGUGCGCUGAAGACCCCGACACGCUCCGAAUGUGGAUGACUGGAUUGAGAAUUGCAAAGUAUGGGAAGCAACUUUGGGAAAACUAUCGAACCUUACAGGAAGACUUGGCUCACGAGGAUUUGGACAGAUUCGGUCGCAGUGUUUCUCUAGCAUGCAUGCCUCAACCGAACAUCAAUCAGCACGGGAUGACCCAGCCAGACUCACAAAUGAAAGUUACUCUUUCGAAUCAAAUUCCACAAGACAACAACUGCAGAAGUAUUCCAGAGGAAGUAAUGGGUCAAACUAGAUUAAUCGCUGUGGAUCCUAAUAUGCCUCCUCCGCCACCCAGCUUGUCCAGAGAAGAAGGCUUUGAAAGCGAUUGUCCUGUUGGUGGAACGAUCAAACGGAAACCUUCCACAGGACUCAUGCCUAAACUUCCUCUAACACUCAACACUCGUUCCAUUGUUGGUGACUUUAUUAACGUAAAUUCCGGUGCUGGAGAAAGCAACAACGGUGGUACGAUGACGCUGCAAAGGAAACGAAGUCUCAGCGGUAACAGUUCUGCCUCUUCGAAUUCUUCAGCAUCCUCACAGAUCUAUGCAAACAACAUGCCCAAUCAUAAUCAACAACAACAGCAGCAACAUGGGACGGCGACAAGAUCCCAACUUUCUUCUCAAGGAAAGCCUCCGUCUGGAUCGUUGCAACGGUGUUCGAGUACACCAAAACAAGCUCCAGUUGCUGAAGAAUCUGCAGAUGUCAUCGAUUACGACAGUCUGCCACCUCCUCCUCCAGAACUCUUGACUGGACUCUUAGCUGGAGAUAGAUCCCCAAAACCAAGCAGAAUACCGCCUGUUCCGCCAGCAAAACCUCAUUCAACUAUGGUUCUCGACAACAAUUCCAUAUAUUCUUCAUCCUCACAUGCGAAUAGUGUGGCCUUGCAACCCCCACCACCAAUGUCUCUCAUGACGAACGUUUCGCAAAAGCCACUCCCACCAUUUAACGUGCCCAAUAAUAUCCCAAAUCCUCCAUGUGCCCCACCAAAGAAAGGCGUGUCCUUUGCAACAGAACUCACCGAGAGACUCAAAAUCAGAACCGCUGAUCCCAUUUACGGUUCCACAUCUAAGCACGAAUCCCCAAAGAAAACGGUCAGUUUCCAAGAGGAAACACAAGUAGUAGACGAAUCAUUACCCGUUAUUGGGUCCAAUUCUAGUCUUCCCAAUAAAUUAGAAGAGCCUCCACAAGCCUUCUUGACUGACUUGCAAAGAGUUAUGCAGAAAAAGUGGCAAGUAGCCCAGAAGUGUCAUACAGAUAGGAAUACGACUCCUCAAGAAGUACUGGGAUUUAAGUUUGCACCUGAUGCUGCAACCGUUGGUGCUGUCGGUUUAAAUGGCGAAAACCAUUUUGGACCAGGCGGCGAACCAAUGGUCCCUCUUCCCGUCAACAAUAGUCACGUCCAAGCUUGGGUUUCGCAGCAUUACGGAAACACAAUUGCGGAUCUGCCAAGUAUGAAUCCUCAAUUAGUUCAAUCGUCUCCGAAUGCGAACAACAACACAGCCACGACAAUACCUCGCCAAGUACCUUCUAGUCCAAAACCGCCCCCUCCUCAGAGAUCGUCAACUUCUUCAAUAACGUACGCAAUGCCCAACAACUUGGUGCCACAGCCACAACAGUCCCAGAUGCUACCCCAAUACCCAAUGGCACCACUUCCUCCACUCCAAAGCAAUCCCGUUGCUUUCUUCCCUCCUCCUCCCCUUCAGUCUGUACAAAAUCAUCAAGGCCAGAUGCAAAACCCUGGACUCAUCAUUUAUGAAAAUUUCCAAGGAAGAAAAAGUCAACAGCCAAUGAGUAAUCAAUAUGAUGCUGUACACCUCCGAAACAAGAAACCACCCCCACCAGUUCCCAAACGUGCCGAUUCCACUCAUUUGUCCGCUCACAUUGUCUUUAAUUAAUUACGACUGGAACAAUGAGACGUUUAUUUUACCAAUUUUAAUUAUUGAACAAUCAAAGAAUAUUUAACAAGGUUGAACACAAGUCUCUGCAUCUGUCAUUUGUUGGCAAAUGCAUUAUAUUUAAUUAUUUAUGCAAUGUAUUUAACUGCUAUGAUCGCAUUGUAGUCGAAUCUCGAAGCUAAAUUUAUGCACAAUGUCGUCGUGUAUUUCAAUCUGUCACUGUUCAAUUUGUUAUCGAGGGGAUUUGUGUUUUACGAAUAGCUCGACAAUUGAAUCAACUACACUGCUUAAUGCUGCCUUUACGCAAGUAUGUACGCACUAAAUAUGUAAAUGAAUGAACUGUCUUUACCGUAAACAAAUGCACAUUGAAGAGACUUUCAGUAAUACGUGGCCUAUUAUUAUCGGAACAUGUUUUGCACUUUUUAAAAAUUUCACAAACAUUUUUUUAUAAAAUAAUUCGGCGGACAAUAACAGUUUUCUAUUUCAUGGUUAGGCUUGACGAUUCACAACUAUUAAUUAUUGAAUUGACGAGUGCCAAAAAACGUAUAAAAAUUGAAAUAGAAAACAGAAUAUUCCUAAAACUAUGCAUUACUAUUGCAAUUACAAUCAUUGUAUUCCUAACGACCACGUUCGGGUAUUGGUCCUGUGAAAGUAGUUAUUAAAAGUGAAGUAAAAGUACGAGGAGUGCCGUGCUAUUGCUAACUAGAAACUAUUUAUGUAUUUAUAAUUGACCAAUUACACGUGCAUACACCCAAAUUGAUUAAUAGGAUCAUACUAUUAUUGUUUACCGUAUAAUUUGUUAAAUCUGUUAAGAUGCGUCGUUAAUAACUGUUGAUUUUUUAUGUGUUGAUUAAAUAGAUUAAUUAUGAAAAGCUUAUUGUAUGAAACAAUUAAACAAGUUAAAUGUAAAAAAAAAUAAAUGAAAUAAAUAUCAAGAUUAAAAAUUA